CCUCCCCCCACCUCCUUUUAUUUGUUCUUUUCUGGGAACUAUAAUUUUUAAAAUUCAGAGUCACUAAUAUUUUGAGGAAAUUUUUUUAAAGGUCCAAUUUUUGAUAAAAAUUCAAUAAUUUGUUCAAGAAGUAGUAUUUCUUGCAUAUAUUUGUAAUUUUUUCUUUCUUAAAGAACAUAUUUAAGCACUUAAUGUUAAUUGACAUAUCUUUAGUUUCCUCAAGAUUUUGACUUUUUUUAAAAACUUUUCUUACAUUUUAUAACUUAAUUUUGUUCAAUUGUUUAUUCUCCAAAUUAUUCCUGUUUCAGGUACAGCAACUGAAAAAUUCCGUAUUUCUUUUAAUGUUGCAGCUGAACAUGGAAAAGUAGAUUUUGAGCAGACUGUAUUCAAAUGUUCUUAUUGUCCCUAUAUUGCUGGCUAUAAAAGUCAUCUCGCUCAACAUUUGAGGAAACACACUGGAGAACGGCCAUUUGUAUGCAAGCUUUGUGGUAGAGGCUUUACCCAAAAACAGAAUCUACAUCGACAUUUAAUCUCGCAUCAGUGAAAGUAUAAAAAAUUUUAAUAAAAUGACUAGAAUUUCUACAUUUACAUCAGAAACAACAAUUCAUCAAAAAGCAAACUGCUGUCCCUACUGUGGAUAUGUUGCAACUUACAAAAGUGGUCUAAUUACUCAUAUGCGAAUACAUACUGGUGAACGUCCUUUUACAUGUAAAUGUUGUGGAAAAUCCUUUACCCAGAAACAACAUUUACAGAGACAUAUAAGGAAACAUACUGGUGAACGACCUUUUGUUUGCAAGAUUUGUGGAAAGACCUUCAUUCAGAAACAGCAUCUCAAUACUCACCAAUUAACUUACAUUAACAUUAUUGUCAUGUAUGAUCUUUACAUUAAACUUACAUUGAAUAUAUUAUUUUCAGAACUGGUUUUUCCUGGUGUUUCACUUCGUGGUAUACAUUCUUGUUCAUAUUGUCCUUACAUCACGGGUAAUAGAGGUCAUUUGAUUGUUCAUCUGAGAAAACACACUGGUGAACGACCUUAUGUGUGCAAGAUUUGCAAAAAAAGCUUCACACAGAAGCAACAUCUCAAGGCUCAUGGCUUAACUCAUCUGAAAUGUAUAUUUUCUUCAGAGAUUGGCAAAGGUUGGAAACUUCACAUAUGUGAGCAUUGUACAUAUAAGACUCCUAAAAUAAGUCAUUAUAAAAGGCAUUUAAGAAUCCAUACAGGGGAGAGACCUUUCGGCUGUAGAAUUUGUGGAAGGACUUUUUCACAAAAGGCAAACGUAAAAAAACACAUAAGGAUACAUACUGGAGAGCGACCUUUCGUGUGUAAGACUUGUGGAAAAGGUUUCACCCAAAAACCAAAUCUACAGCGCCACGAGAAUCAUAUGAGAGUUCACACUGGAGAACGACCAUUCGUGUGCAAAAUUUGUGGUAAAGGCUUCACGCAAAAGCAAAAUCUACGGCGACAUGGUUUUUCACAUAUGAAUCCCCAUUAAAAAUUAGAUUGUAAUUUGUUUUUGUUAAUAAAAAAAAUUGAUUGCAAUGAAGCAAGAAAGUGCAAUUCAGUAAUGUGUUGAAGUUGAUGAGUGUUUUUUCUGGCUAAUUUAAUGUGUUCUCUGUUUAAAAAGAAAGAAAAAGACUCAGGUGCUGUUAUUGUUUAAUGAAUGUAAGCAUGAAAUGACCAUUGCCAUAAAAAAAAGUACUCAAGCUGGUUCUACAGUAGAUUGUGCUGAAAUUCAUCACGCACAUAUUUGUUAGAAAAGUAAGUUUCCUUAUUUGGUUAAUUAUGUGAUGGAGAGAAGAUUAGUUUAAUUUACUUUCCACUGAUGGCAAUCAAAUGACUAUUUGGCAACAGUACUGUUUGAAACAGAGGCACUUGUGUAUUAACUGCAUGCCAGUGAUUGAUCGCCAAGAAAAAUCACUAAAGAAGUCACGUUAACCUAUUGACUAUGUUCUCCAAUAACAGCGGGUAAGCCUAAUGUUCAUCAAUAGCAUGCGGUUCGAUUAAUAUACAAGUACCAAAAGAAUUUGUUCGUUUUUAUUAAAAGGGAGCCUUUUUGAAAUUAGAAAUAAUUUCUUAAACCUUAUUUGCUACAAGUAACAAAACGCUGCAUCAU